AUGGAAGAUACAGGAGGAUAUACAGAUAAUGCAUUAAAUAUUAUAAAUAAUGCAGUUGCUAUUUGUAAAGAACAUGCAAAUAGUCAAUUAAUGCCAUUACAUUUAUUAGCUGCUUUUAUACCAACUGAUGAUGUAGAAGGUUCAACACCAUAUUUGAAAACUUUAAUUCAAAAAGGUAGAUUUGAAUGGCCACAAUUUGAAAGAGUUGUAAAUAAACAUUUAGUAAGAUUACCAAGUCAAAAUCCACCACCAGAUGAAGUUAGACCAAGUUAUCAAACUGGUCAAGUAUUACAAACUGCUGCAAAAAUAAAAACUCAACAAAAAGAUUAUUAUAUUGCACAAGAUCAUAUAUUAUUAGCUUUAUUAGAUGAUUCAUCAAUAAAAGAUAUUUUUAAAGAAGCAGGAGUUAAAACUGAAACUAUAAAGACUGAAGCAAUUGAAUUAAGAGGUGAUCAAAGAAUUGAUUCAAGACAAGCUGAUUCUUCUUCAAACUAUGAAUUUUUAGCAAAAUAUUGUGAAGAUUUUACUGAAAAAGCUAGAGAAGGUAAAAUAGAUCCAGUUAUUGGAAGAGAAGAAGAAAUAAGAAGAGUUAUCAGAGUAUUAGCAAGAAGAUCUAAAUCAAAUGCUGUUUUAGUUGGUAAUCCAGGUGUUGGUAAAACAACUAUUGCAGAAGGUGUAGCUCAAAGAAUUGUUGAUGGAGAUGUUCCAAAUAUUUUAGCAAAUGCAAGAUUAUAUUCAUUAGAUCUUGGUGCGUUAACUGCAGGAGCAAAGUAUAAAGGAGAAUUUGAAGAAAGAUUGAAGGGAGUAUUAGGAGAUAUUGCAAAAUCAAAAGAAUUCAUAAUUUUAUUUAUUGAUGAAAUUCAUAUGUUAAUGGGAGAUGGUAAAAAUGAUGCAGCAAAUUUAUUAAAACCUGCAUUAGCUCGUGGUGAAUUACAUUGUAUUGGAGCUACAACUUUUGCUGAAUAUAGAAAAUAUAUUUCAAAAGAUGCUGCAUUUGAAAGAAGAUUUCAAAGUAUUGAUGUACCCGCUGCCACUGUACCUGAAACUAUUGCUAUAUUAAGAGGUUUACAACCAAGAUAUGAAAUUCAUCAUGGAGUAAGAAUUUUAGAUAGUGCAUUAGUUGUUGCUGCUCAAUUAGCUUCGAGAUAUCUAACUUAUAGAGCAUUACCUGAUUCAGCAGUUGAUUUAGUUGAUGAAAGUGCUGCACAAGUUGCUGUUGCACGUGACUCAAAACCAGAAGAAUUAGAUAAUUUAGAAAGACAAUUACAUUUAAUUGAAGUUGAAAUAAAUGCAUUAGAAAGAGAUAAAGAAGCAGAUUCUGCAUCAAAAGAUAGAUUAGUAUUAGCAAGAAAAAAACAAGCAGAAAUAGAAGAACAAUUAGGUCCAUUAAGAGAAAGAUUUAAACAAGAACGUGCUGGUCAUGAUUUAUUAAUUGCUGCAAAAAGAAAAUUAGAUGAUUUAGAAAUAAAAGCAAGUGAUGCAGAAAGAAGACAUGAUACUGCAACAGCAGCAGAUUUAAGAUAUUUUGCUAUACCUGAUGUUGAAAAACAAAUUGAAGAAUUAGAAGUUAGAGUUGCACAAGAAGAAACUUCAAAUUUAGAAAGUUUAACAAAGAAUGCAGUUGGUCCAGAACAAAUCUGUGAAACUGCUGCAAGAUUAAGUGGUAUUCCAGUGUCAAAAUUAAGUCAAACUGAAAAUUCAAGAUUAAUUAACAUGGAAGUUGAAUUAUCAAAAGAAGUUGUUGGACAACCAGAAGCAAUAAAAGCUAUAUCAAAUGCAAUAAGAUUAAGAAGAAGUGGAUUAGCUAACCCUAAUCAACCACCAUCAUUUCUAUUUUUAGGACAAUCUGGUACUGGUAAAACUGAAUUGGCAAAACAAAUUUCAAAUUUUUUAUUUCAUGAUCCAAAAGCUGUCUUAAGAAUAGACUGUUCCGAGUUGGAUAAGUAUUCCACAAGCAAGCUUUUGGGUUCAAAUCCAGGAUUUGUUGGAUAUUCAGAAGGUAACAUUCUCGCAGAGCCAUUAAUUAGAAAACCAUAUUCAGUUGUAUUAUUUGAUGAGGUGGAGAAAGCUGCCCCAGAGGUUUUGACAAUACUUUUACAAAUAUUGGAUGAUGGUAGAAUCACUGAUGGUGCUGGAAAGUUAGUGAAUUGUUCAAACGCUAUAUUUAUAAUGACAUCAAAUUUGGGUGCUCAAUAUAUUGAAGCAAAUAAAGGAAGUAAAAUUAAUGAAACAACGAAGGAAAUGGUAAUGACAGCAGUUAAAUCACAUUUUAGACCGGAAUUUUUGAAUAGAAUUACAAACAUUGUCAUCUUUAACAAGUUGAGUAGAAAAGGUAUUUCUAAAAUAGUCUACAUUAGAUUAGAUGAGAUUCAAAAAAGAUUCAAAGAUAAUGGAAAAGAUAUCAAACUAGAUUUAAAUCAAGCAGCAAUUGAUUAUUUAUGUAAAAAUGGUUGGUCACCAGAUUUAGGUGCAAGGCCUUUAAACAGAUUGAUUCAAAGUGAAAUUUUAAAUAAGUUAGCUGUGUUUUUAUUGAGAGGUCAAAUAAAAGAUAAAGAAACUGUUAAAGUCGUUGUCGGUGAUAAAAGCUUAGAAGUUUUACCAAAUCAUGAAGCUAAUGAUGUAGAUAUGGAUGAUGGUGAGAAUGAAUGGAAUGAAGAUGUAGAUGAUGAUGAUGAUGAUGAUCUAGAUUGA